GUUCGGUGGUUCUGUUCUUCCUUUUCUUGAUCUCUUAAAACAAUAACGAGUGCCCCCUAGGGCGUUUGAAAGCUUCAAAAUUUACGAGAAAGUAAUGUCUUCAAUCAAUUGCGCACAGAACUUUUUGUUACCUUCCCAGUCUUCUCCAGUUGUAGGUGUAGCUCAUGGCAAAGUUCUAAUGACACUAAAAUCUUUAAGUUUUGAUCAAAUCCCUUCAUGGGUCUCUCUCAAAUGCAGCCCAUCUUCGAGGAAAACCCCCCAAAUCCAACCAGGCCAUGUUGAAAAUGUACACUUAGUUUCUUUGUCCAAACAUGGGAAGCUCAGAGAAGUUGAUGAGUUUCUUAAACACAUGGACGAGGCCGGCAUUUCAGUUAGUCCCCGCUCUUAUAAAACCCUCUUUGAAACAUGUGGCAGGUUGCAAGCUUUAUCGGAUGGGAAAGCGAUUCACGACCAUUUGCGAAGAACGGUGAAGGAGCCGACUGGGCUUCUUGAUAAUUAUGUUCUUCGGAUGUAUUGCGACUGUGGAAGUCUUGUGGACGCUCGGAAAGUGUUUGAAGAAAUGCUUGAAAGGAAUGUGGUCUCGUGUGUUAUAAUUAUGUCUGCUUAUGCAGAGGAGGGGAUUUUGGACGAAGCUAUUCGGUUGUUCUCACAUAUGCAAGGGUCAGUGACAGAAAUUAGAUCGAGCCCGUCUAUCUAUAUUACCCUCUUACGGCCCUUGACAAAAUUUUCUCUUUUAGAGCUGGGGAAACAGAUUCAUUCUCAUGUGAUAAGAAAUGGGUUGGGUUCUAAUGUUUUGGUUGGCACGGCAAUCGCCAACAUGUAUGCCAAGUGUGGGUGGUUAGAGGGUGCGGAGCUUGUUUUCGAUAGGAUGCCGGAAAAAAAUGCCGUGGCUUGGACUGGGAUGAUGGUGGGGUACACUCAAGCUGAGAAACUGGAGGAUGCUCUGGGAUUGUUUGUUAAGAUGGUGAACGAAGGUAUUCAAAUGGAUGAGUUUGUGUUCUCCAUAAUUCUCAAGGUGUGCUGUGGUCUGGAGGACUUGAACGUGGGAAGGCAAAUUCAUGGGUGUAGCGUUAAACUUGGAUUGGAUUCUGAUGUUUCAGUAGGAACUCCUCUUGUGGACUUCUACAUCAAAUUUGGGAAUUUUACAUCUGCUUGCCGAGCAUUUGAGAGGAUAAGUGAACCUAAUGAUGUUUCAUGGAGUUGUAUAAUCUCUGGUAAUUGCCAAAUUGGUGAAUUUGAGGAGUCUCUGAAGAUUUUUAAAAAUCUGAAGAGUAAAGGCGUGGUUUUAAAUUCAUUCGUAUACACUAGCAUUUUCCAAGCCUGCGCGGCACUCUCAGAUUUAAAUUUGGGUGCUCAAGCUCAUGCUGAUGCAAUAAAAAGAGGGUUAGUUAACCUCUAUGGAGAGAGUGCUAUGAUCACCAUGUAUUCAAGAUGUGGGAGAUUAGACUAUGCCUACAGGGCCUUUGCUUCUCUAGACAGACCUGAUACUGUGGCCUGGACUGCUAUAAUUUGUGGUUAUGCAUGUCAUGGCAAUGCCACUGAAGCUUUAAGUUUUUUCAACAAGAUGCAGGACUGCGGUGUAAGGCCAAAUGCAGUUACAUUUAUAGGAGUUCUAACUGCAUGUAGUCAUUCAGGCUUGGUCACAGAGGGAAAGCAAUACUUGGAUUCGAUGAAGGGUGAGUACGGUGUGGUCCCAACUGUCGACCAUUAUGACUGUGUGGUGGAUAUAUACUCGCGUGCCGGGCUACUGGAGGAGGCACUAGAAUUGAUAAAGAGUAUGCCUUUUGAACCCGAUGCAAUGAGCUGGAAAAGCUUAUUGGGUGGGUGUUGGACUCAUCGGAAUCCUGAGCUUGGGAAGAUUGCAGCGGAAAACCUCCUUCAGCUGGAACCAGAUGAUACUGCCACAUAUAUUGUCAUGUUUAACUUGUAUGCUUCAUGUGGGAAAUGGGAAGAAGCAGCUCAUUUUAGAAGGAUGAUGGCUGAAAGAAACUUGAGAAAGGAAAUUGGUUGUAGUUGGGUAACUGUCCAGGGUAGAGUGCACCGGUUUAUAGUAGGUGAUAGACACCAUCCUCUAGCAGAACAAAUAUACUCAACAUUAAGGGAGUUAACUACAUCCUAUGAAAAUGCUGAUAAUGCCCUUUUAACUGACGAGGAUGUCUGGUGUGGAUUGCCUGAACGGAAAGAACAACUUCUUGACCAUAGCGAGAGACUUGCUAUAGCAUUUGGGCUAAUAUCCACACCAAGCAAUGCCCCAAUCCUGGUUUUCAAGAACCUCCGGGCAUGCCAAGACUGCCACGAUUUUGCGAAGCAAGUGUCCAGGGUAACAGGACGCGAAAUUGUUGUAAGAGAUUCCAACAGAUUCCAUCACUUCAGAUUAGGGGAGUGCUCUUGCAAUGACUACUGGUGACUUAAGUAAAUUGAUUCAUUUGCUUGAAUGCCAAUACCCAGCUGUACAAAUGAAGGGGUGAUGUCAUUUGCCAAUUAUACAAUCCAGUCUUCAGACUUGAUAUAUGACUCAUUAUAAUUAUGACAAAAAUCAAAACACUAAUAUAUUUGUAUGAUAGCUAUUGUGGAAGACUUCCACAUGGGUGUGUAAACUUGUAAAUUAUAUAUUUUUAAGUAGACUUGUAGAUA